AUGUUCCACCCUGUUAGGACGACGCUAACCGCGCUUACUGACGAGAACCGGUCGCAAAUUUUCGCUAGACAGUUUUUGGAUCAAUUGAGCGACGAUAUUCAACCUUUGAACGACGAGAACAAGCGAUCAUUCUGCGAAGUCGCACUCGAAUGCCUUCAAGCACGAAAUCUUUCCUUCGAGCAACACGUCAAUAAUUUGAAAAUGACUCUGGCGGAUCUUUACGAAAAUAACGGCGAAUUCGAAAAAACGGCGGAUAUUCUCAACUCGAUUUCGGUGACUGCCAAUUCAACCGCAAUGACGAUCGGAAGCGACAUGUUUCUGACAAUCAAUCGACUGGGAGUUUACCUCAGAAUUGUGAAGCUCUAUUUGAUGGAGUCAGUAAACGACCCAACAAAAGCAGAACUUGCUUUAAAUCGAGCUACAGCAUUUUUACAAGAAGCGAGCGCUGGUGACAAGCUAUUGUACCAAUUGAGCCACGCUAGAAUCCUCGACUACAAGCAGAAAUUCCUCGAUGCUUCGCAGAAAUACUUUCAACUUUCGUUAGACUUGAAUAUUGUCGCCGACGAAGAACGAGCAAAAUGCUUAUUGAAAGCGAUUAAUUGUGCGAUUCUUUCUCCAGCUGGAAAGAAUCGAACGCGCCUCAUUUGCGCGAUAUAUAAAGAUAUUCGCGCUCCAAAAAUGCUCACUUUCGGUCUCCUCGAAAAGGUCUACAAGCAACAAAUUAUCAGCGAGAAAGAAGUACAAGUAUUUUCCUCAAUUCUCAAAGAAAAACACUACCAACAAAUGACACCAGAAGGAUGGACGUUGAUCGAAAAAGCGAUGAAGGAACACAACAUCUUCGCGAUUUCACUUCACUACAAAUCGUUAUGCUUUCAAGAUCUGGGAAGACUUCUUGGCAUUCCUUGCCGCCAGGCGGAGCAGCUUGUUGCUAACAUGAUUCUUGAGAAGCGAUUGUCAGCCGAGUUGGAUCAAGUAGACGAGUACAUCCGAUUUGAACACGAAAGUCAAGAGACAGUGUGGAACUACUCCAUCCGCGACACGUGCGACUCUUUGCUCAGCAUUGUCGAGAAAAUCCAACGCAAGCAUCCCGUCUGGUACGAGAAGACGCAGCGCAUGAUCCUCAAUGGCGGAUCUAAUAACAGAAUGAGCGUUGCGAAUCAGCAGAGUCGAUUAGAGCCUGAAGUACCACCUGUGCAGCACAAUGGGCAGAAGCAGAAGAAAGGGAAAGCCCGUAUGAAACCUGUCAACGGCGAAGUCCACCCUCCCCAACAGUUCAACAUCCUCGAAAAUGGCGAUGAAAAACUAAAACACAGCGAGCAGCAAAAAAAGGCGGCGUCGAAGAAAUCCGGCCAAUACGAAAAAACUUGUUCCGCGUCUACCUCAGCUGGCAUUCCUUCACCGAUCCUCGAUCCGCUAGCCGAAGAUCCCGAAUACCCCGACUCCGAAGUUGCGUGGCGCAAUGCGAGGAGAAUCGACAACCCCUACCAAGGGCUCUUUCGACAAGUCCCGUUAGAAUCUGUCGGACAGGACAUCGUCGCCGAAGUGAUGAACGGGAAAAUGACAGAGUGGGAUCGGAAGUAUCAAAAUAGAAUGAUACCUCUCGAUACCCUCGGCCUCGAAAUCCUUUCCGGGCAGAUCCGCGUUCUUCACCUCUGCGUCAAGCAAUGGAAAAACAAAUCGACGGAGAAACACUAUCGAAACGAGAACCGACGCGAGCAGAUCCUCUCGCUGGCGGAGGAGUGCGGGGACGGCUUCAGAAAGAGCCUUUUUUGGCUAUUCAAUUCCGACUGA